AUGGCCGCCGUGGCUGGGGGCCAUCACCCUCCUGAGGAUGGCAUACUGGUAGCCAAAGUACCUACGUAUGCUGACUCUUUGAGACAUUAUAAAGCUAAUAGUAAGGCUUUACCCCUUAAACCAAUUUCCUUUUUGCAUGGUGAACCACAAGUAAUAUGGGAACAGGACGAAGUGAAUAAGAUGAUCAUAAACGAGAAUCUUGAGUAUGCAGUAAUUGGUAAGUUUUCGUAUGCAUGGCCUGAUAUACAAGACCUGCGUAGAUUGAUCCCUAAGCAGUGUGAACUUAAAGGGGAUUGCAAUAUUUGUCUAUUAAGCAAUAGACAUGUUUUAAUCAGGAGUACUCUCUUGGAGGAUUACGUACACCUGUUAUCGAAACCGGCUUUCUACAUCAAUCAGCAAAAUGGUUCAUAUCCAAUGCAAACUCUCAAGUGGGAUCCAAUGUUCAAUCCGGAGGAGGAAACAACGACUGCUAUUGCGUGGAUCUCUUUUCCCUCGCUUCUCCCAAAUUUUUUUGGAAAUGAAACAAUUUUCUCCCUAGUUGCAGCAGUAGGGAAGCCAUUAAAGGUAGAUAUGGCUACAAGAAAUCAAACCAGGCCUAGUCGUGCGAGAGUGAAAGUGGAGGUAGAUCUAAUGAAAGAAUUUUCGAAACGCAUUAAGAUUGGGAUGCGAAAAUAG